AUGGUUGACGGAGAUAAACAGAAGAUUAUCUUUAUGGCCGGGAUGCCUGCCAGUGGGAAAACUAGUCUGUCCUUCAAAUUGUGCGAGAAGUUCGGAUUCCGGCACAUUUCUGCUGGAGAAUGCCUCAGGGAAGAGUUGGGCAAACCAAACUCCGAUCUUUCCCAGUUAAUCCGAUCCUACAUUGACAAAGGUGAAAUCGUCCCUGGGCACAUCACGCUAUCGCUAAUGAAGAACAAGAUUGAUUCCUUAGGCUGGGGGAAGUACGUCAUCAUAAUAGACGGCUUUCCUAGAAAUUUGGACAAUGUCACGUGCUGGGUUAAUGAAAUGUCCGACAUUGUGGAUGUAAUUUAUCUUGUUAGUUUGGAAUGUUCGUUUGACAAAAUUUGUGAACGUUUAAGGAUCAGAAAAGCUGAAAUAGAGCGAUCUGACGACAAGGAGUCGGUGUUGAAAAACCGAAUUCGUGUUUUUCAUGAAGAGACCGAGCCCGUCGUUUUAACUUUUAUCGCUGCAUCCAAGGGUGCAAUAAUUAAUGCAGAUGAUUCUUUUGAAGUGGUUUGGAACAAGUUAGAAACUCUUGUUUUAUCGCUUGGUUUUAAGCUGCUUGACUAA